AUGGCGCAGUUCGCGGUGCGGUCGCUGCUGCUGUCCUUGCUCCUGGUCUCGCCAGUUUUGGCUUCGCCUGGUAUCGCGAAGCUCAACUCGUCGUCACCCCUCUUUGGCAUCGAGUUCCCGCCGUUCAACACCGCCGUCGCCGUCACCGGCUGCGACAGCAAGCUGGCUGCAGCCGAGGCGGCGGUGGGUGAGCAGAAGCAGCCGGCGAGCCCGUCCCCGUCGCUGAAGCUGCACAUGAACCGCCGCACCACCUCGGCGGGCGGGACACGGAAAGAGUCCUUGUUAGAUUUGGCCAACAAGGACGCCGUCCGCAUCGAGACGAUGCACCGGAGAGCGGCGCGCUCCGGCGGGGACCGGACGCCGGGGUCUUCGUCUCCGCGGCGGGCGCUGUCGGAGCGGAUGGUGGCGACGGUGAAGUCCGGCGUGGCGGUCGGGUCCGGCGAGUACCUGAUGGACGUCUACGUCGGCACGCCGCCGCGGCGUUUCCGGAUGAUCAUGGACACCGGCAGCGACCUCAACUGGCUGCAGUGCGCGCCGUGCCUGGACUGCUUCGAGCAGCUUGGCCCCGUGUUCGACCCCGCCGCGUCCUCCUCCUACCGCAACGUCACCUGCGGCGACCAGCGCUGCGGCCUCGUGGCGCCGCCGCCCGAGGCGGCGCCGAGGGCGUGCCGCCGCCCCGGGGAGGACUCCUGCCCCUACUACUACUGGUACGGGGACCAGUCCAACACCACGGGCGACCUGGCGCUGGAGUCCUUCACGGUCAACCUCACGGCCCCCGGCGCGUCCCGCCGCGUGGACGGCGUCGUGUUCGGGUGCGGGCACUGGAACCGCGGCCUCUUCCACGGCGCGGCGGGCCUGCUGGGCCUUGGCCGGGGCCCGCUGUCGUUCGCGUCCCAGCUCCGCGCCGUGUACGGCCACACCUUCUCCUACUGCCUGGUGGAACACGGCAGCGACGUCGCCAGCAAGGUGGUGUUCGGGGAGGACGACGCCUUGUCGCUGGCGGCGGCGCAUCCGCAGCUCAAUUACACGGCGUUCGCGCCCGCGUCGUCGCCGGCGGACACGUUCUACUACGUGAAGCUCAAGGGCGUGCUGGUCGGCGGCGAGCUGCUCAACAUCAGCUCGGACACGUGGGAUGUGGGCAGCGAGGGCGGAUCCGGAGGCACCAUAAUCGACUCCGGCACCACGCUGAGCUACUUCGUGGAGCCGGCGUACCAGGUGAUCCGGCAAGCCUUCAUCGAUCGCAUGAGCAGGUCAUACCCUCUGGUCCCGGACUUCCCGGUGCUGAGCCCGUGCUACAACGUGUCCGGCGUGGAGCGGCCGGAGGUGCCGGAGCUGUCGUUGUUGUUCGCCGACGGUGCCGUGUGGGACUUCCCCGCGGAGAACUACUUCAUCCGGCUGGAGGACGGCAUCAUGUGCCUGGCGGUCCUGGGCACCCCGCGGACCGGCAUGUCCAUCAUCGGUAACUUCCAGCAGCAGAACUUCCACGUCGUCUACGACCUGCACAACAACCGGCUGGGCUUCGCGCCGCGGCGGUGCGCCGAGAAGCAGAUAAAGAGGCUCCUCCCUAUUCCUAUUCAUUUGAACUGCUUAUCAGCCAGGGAUAGUUUUUUUCUCACCGAAAAACAGCAUCAGCUGCCGCGAAGCCAUCGGCCUCCUCCCGCGCCGCUGCCGACCUCUUUCGCUUCCUCGUCCGUCGUCCGCCACCGCUCGCUUUACCCCUCCGACGGCGCGCUCGCGCCCGUCGUUCGCCACCUCCCGCGCUGCCGCGACUUCCCCGCCGUGCGCGCGCUCAUCCAGGAGUUUCCCAUCGCUCUCGGGCCCGUCACGCUCGACGCCUAUGUCCAGCAGCUCGCCAGAGCCGGGCGCCCAACGGACGCUGUCAAGGUGCUCGACAAAUUGCCGGAGCAGCUCCGUAACCAUGAGUCUCUCACUUUGCUGGUUUCCUCGCUUUCUGCCGGGAGCUUCCCGUCGCGCGCAGAGCGUGCUGCCAAGAAGGUCGCCAACGAGAUCUUCCCGGAUGACAAUAUCUGCACUUUGCUGGUAUCUGGCUAUGCCAAUGCUGGUAAGCUCGACCAUGCGCUAAGGUUGAUUGGUGAGACACGCAGGGGUGGGUUCCAGCCAGGAUUGGAUGCAUACAAUGCUGUUCUUGAUUGUGUCUGCCGGCUCUGUCGCAAGAAGGACCCACUGAGGAUGCCUAUGGAAGCGGAGAAGUUCUUAGUUGACAUGGAAGCCAAUGGCAUUCCCCGUGAUGCAGGGACAUUUCGGGUUCUGAUCACAAAUUUUUGCAAGAUCCGCAAGACAGAGGAUGCCAUGAAUCUGUUCCGGCGUAUGGGUGAGUGGGGCUGCUCACCAGAUGCUGACACGUACUUGGUCCUCAUCAGGAGCUUGUACCAAGCUGCCCGAACUUCAGAAGGGUGGGGGGUGGGGGGUGGGGUUGGUGGUGGGGAUUUGGAGAUAAACUUGAUAGGAAGGCAUAUUAUGGAUUCAAAAUCAUACAGCUUGCUCAUUGAGAAGCUUGCUAGGCUCAAUUUAGGGGAACGUUUUAAUGCAUUGUUUAGGGAGGUAGUUGCUCGUAGUGUACCUGUGGCACAUGGAGAGUAUAAUAUUGACAAAAGGUAUGUCAAAGCAAAGAAGGAGAAGAAGGUGAAGAAGAGGUUGACUUUGCCGGAGAAGAUGCGAUUGAAGAACAAGAGGUUAUUCAAGCUCAGAACGAGUUUCUCAAAAAGCCCAAGCACCGAAUGCUCCAGGCUUAAGCAUAAUUUUGGGUAUUCUCAUAGCCAUGCUGAUUUCAUUACUCGUUUAUAA